AUGCAGACAUCAUUUACAGGUGAAUUACCUGUUAAUGUCAAUAAUAAAAGACGAUGUUCUGGCUGUAAAAAAAAUCAGGAUGAACAAAUGUUUAUUGAUGAAAAGACUGUUCGCGCGACAUGUUCUAACUGUCGAUCAAAUAAUAAAAUGUGCAAAAAACGGUCUCGUGAUCCAUUACAAUCAGAAAAUGAAGAAAAUGAAAUAUUUGAAAAACAGUUAAUAGAAUUUGAAGAACUAACAGAUGAAUUAUUAUUUGCAAUGGAUCAAUAUACAAAUAUUAUCAUCGAAGCAGUUCAAAACGCAGAUGAAUAUAAAUGGAAUACCUUAAAACCAUCUCGAAAAAAUCCUAAUCUUAAUAAGCAACGUGAUACAGCCCCUAGAGAACGAUUUGAUUGUAAUGGAACAAUCAAACUACUCAUAAAUACCAGUAUACAUCGUGCUUAUAUUCACAUUCAACAUCAUGAUCUUCAUAUAACACCAACUGAUUUUUCCUAUAAACGAAAGGAUGAUGCUUAUGAUUCGGCACAUGACUGGCUUUACGAAAAAGGCUAUGAAAUUAUUGUUAUAAAUAAAGAACCAGCACGAGCUCUUGGAUUUACAACAGGUUUUCAUAAAGAAUUACAAGAAAAAAAUAUUCAAAUUAAUGAAUGUGGUAUCGAUGCAACAUAUAAUACAAAUAACCUUACUUUUGAAUUAUAUGUACUACAUGCGGAAGUUGAUGGCACUGGAUAUCCACUUGGCUACUUGUUUUUGGAUAAUAAUGGAAAUGGAGUUUCGGGUGCACGAACAAAUGUAAUUGCAAAAUUUUUGGAAGAGUUUCGAGCACGUGGGAUUUCUCCUCAGUUUUUUUUAACUGACAAGGAUUUCGCACAAAUUUCAGCAGGACAAACAGUUUGGCCUAAUGCCAAAAUUCAAUUAUGUCAUUGGCAUCUUCGACGAGCUGUAGAAACAAAAUUAAAGGAAACACACCUUCCAAAACGAGAUAAUUAUGAACCAAUGGCAGCACAUCAUGAAUUUCCAUUCAUUGAUAUUAAAUUUAAUCCUUCUAAUGCUGCAUAUAAAUCAACAAAUUUUUGUCCCAAAGAAUUUCGGCCUUAUAUUUGGAAUUUAAUGAAUAAACAUCUUCAUCAACAUCCUUUAAUUCCAGAUAUAUCUCAACAAAUUUUAACAGCUGAAACAAUUAGAAAGCAAGCUGUUCUGGAAAUGUAUACUUUUUGUAAGGAAAAUUCACUUGUACGAGUGUGGUCAUAUAUGUGGCGUGAAUGGUAUUCCAAGGAUAGAUGGAUACUUUGGGCACGCUUAGCAUUUAAUACUUUAUCCAUAUUUAAGACAACAAUGUUUGUCGAGGGGCAUUGGAAAGUUCUCAAAAGGGACUUUUUAUAUAAGUUUUUUCGUCCACGAUUGGAUCUUUUGGUAUAUAUAUUACUCGAAAAAUUGAUUCCUCAUCAACAACGAAAAUUUCAGCAACAACUUUCUGGACGUGAAAUGUUAGAUUGGAAAAAAUCAAUAAAGUCCGAAUGGAAAAAAUUAGCUCAAAAACAACCGGAAAUAAAUAGUUUUAACAAAUAUUGCACUAAUAUUAAAGAUUGGGUUUGUGGAUGCCCAUAUUAUCUUACAAAUAGAUUUAUGCUAUAUAUAACACAACAAACACUUAAUUUGCUUGAAGAACAAAAGCAAUCAAGAAAUGUUCUUUGGGCUCAAGGAGUUGAACGAAAUUUUAAUCAAAUUAAAACUAUGGUUAAUGAAAUAAAUCAGUAUAAGCGCCGGAAAACAAUGCCACGUACUUGGAAGGAUCAUACUCACAACACUCGUUAUUUGAGAUAA